GCCAGUCGACGCCUGACGUUCGGCGGGGGAGGACUCGUGUGAGCGCUGCGCCGCGCCGUUCGGCCGUCCUGUCGCGCCUGCGAGCGAGCCGACCCGACCGGGACGGGCCAGUGGGGCUGGAAGCUGCGAGAGGACGGUGCUGUGAUUUCAGCGGCGUGGGGCGCCCGGUGACGUACCGACACGAGCGGCCGCAAAGCGCGCCGCCGCCGCCGCCGCCGGCUCUGGGGCAUUGUGCCGGCGCGCGCGGAUUGAAGAGCCGGAUGACCCGGCACGACCCCAUGCGGUUCAUGGAGAACAUCUUUGGCAUCUUCGGGCACCCGUCGACCUCGGUGCCCGUCAGCGCAGUGCCGCGGAUGGCUACCACCGAGAACCAGAUUCGGUUCAGCGGCCACACGCUGGACAAGGCCGUCAAGGCCAAGGUCACCCUGGAGAACUACUACAGCAACCUGCUGCACCAGAAUCUCGAGCGGAAGCAGAGGCACCACCGGCUGGAGGAGUCGAUGCGUGAGGAGGGCCUCUCCGAGUCACAGAAGGUCGAGAAGCGACAGCAGCAUGCCGUGAAGGAGACGGAGUUUCUGCGGCUCAAGCGCGCCCGCCUCGGUGUGGAGGACUUCACGCCCAUCAAAGUGAUCGGCAAGGGCGCCUUCGGAGAGGUCCGCCUCGUCCAGAAAAAGGACACCGGCCAUGUGUACGCGAUGAAGGUGCUGGCCAAGGUGAAGAUGCUGGAGAAAGAGCAGGUGGCGCACGUGCGCGCCGAGCGCGACAUCCUGGUUGAGGCCGACCACCAGUGGGUCGUCAAGAUGUACUACAGCUUCCAGGACGCCAUCAACCUCUACCUCAUCAUGGAGUUCUUGCCGGGCG